AUGAACGCAAAGCAGGACCAGAACAUCCUGCCGCAGAAUUCAGUAGCAGUAGAUUCGACAGCGUCAUGGGAUACCAAUAGUACCUCGCCGUUUGAUCAAUCCACCUCGGCAACGAGUCAGUCCUGGGAUGAGGCUCCUGGUGAUCCUGGCAUGCAUGUUGCCUCGGAGUUAGACUUUGCUUUGAUAUGGCCGGACUCGGAGAACUUGUUCCAGAGCUUGAUGUCGUCGGAUACAACAGAUCAGUGGCAGAUGCCCCUUGGGACUUUGCCUUUUCCGCCUGUUGUGCAGGAUGUGAAUGGCAUGUCAUUCGAUUCACCAAUUUCCUUCGAUGAUCGAAGCUCUUCAAUCGGUGCUUUGCCUAUGGGCGGCGGGCAUCAAGCGGUGCAAGAUGUCACAGAGAUGGUGACGAGCUCGUCUUCGAGCGUCACUGCUGCUGUCAAGGCCACAUCGAUCACAUCGGUGUUUCUCGACGAAUGUCUGCAUAUGUUCUUCGUCCGCUUCAUACCCACAUUCCCGAUUUUGCACCGCGCAACAUUCGUGUUCAAAGAGUGCACGCAUGCUCUUCUUCUGAAUGCAAUUGCAAUCGGCUCUUUGUACCUAGGACCCAAGGACUCGGUUGCGAAAGGCGAGGCAUUAUGGCGCUUGGCUCACACAGCGGUCGCCACCUCUUGGCAGUCUCUCAUCACUCAUAGCGGUCCAUACGAUGCCUGUAAGGGUGUUCAGUUGAUGCUAACAGCACUUUUGGGCCAGAUAUAUGGAGCAUUAUCCAAAAAUCGAGCAGUGCGAACCACUAGCCAAGUCUUUCGGCCGCUUGGUUUUUUCUGGGCUCGGCAUUGUGGCAUGUACGACAGCGAGCCAUACUCCAUGGAUAAUCUCCCAUCUAUAAAUGCACCCGUUGCAGAGAAGGAGCACCAAUGGCGUGUCUGGUCAGCUCGCGAAAUUCAACAACGCGCCCUACUAGCAUACUACGUGUUGGAUGGCCUUGUGGCCCAAAUGUCUGGAGAUGCCGCCUCUGCGAGACAUGUAGCAAAUCCACUUUUCCUUCCAAGCAGCGAAGAGGCCUUCGACGCUGCCACUGCCGACGAAUGGUUGACUUACAUGCACCCUCACGAGCCCGACCAGACCUCUUUCCGCAUCAUAUUCCGAUCCUUAUUCCCGCCAGUCGGCAACUUCCGCCCCCUGGACCAUCAAUUCUCCGCCUUUGGGCUUCGCGUCGUUCUCGAAGGCCUUCAAUCUCUCAUUUCCGACUGCGACGAUAACGACCUCGCCGUUGGCGUGCCCGGUCAAUCCGACGUCCGUCGAGCCCUAGCCCAAGUCCACGAGACAAUCACAAUGAGCAUCCACUUCACCGCGGCAGAAAGACUUGAGAUCCUCCUCCGAUGGCACACAAUUUGUCUCGACACGAUGGUCAAUUCCACCGUUCUUUCACGCCACAUCUGCUCCCGUUAUAAUAUCCCCCAGCACGUUUCAGGUGGCUGUCGAACCGUCUCCCCAAGCUUCGAUCUGCUCAAAUGGGCAAGCUCAGAGGAUGCGCGUCGAGCUGUCUUGCAUGCUGUCGCGAUCCAAGAUAUCGUUGAGCAACUACCGCGUGGUCGUGCACAUGUAGUGCACAUGCCCAGCUCUCUAUUCGCUGCAGCGACCAUCUACGUGGUCUUCUCACUAGCUGGAGUGGCGACCGUAAGUCUGCCGAGAAACAUUACCUGGCAGGAGGCGCUGCUGUCAUACUCAGACCUGAAUUUGGGACAUGAUGAUCCGCACCCGUCUCUAGGAUCCGAGACGGGGAGGUUCGUCGAGGGCAAAGAUCUUGGUCCCAUUCCACUGCGGAGCGGGGCUUUAAGGAAUUUGUUGUAUGAGCUGAAUUCCAUGCAGAAGCUUUUCCGGUGCUUGUCCUCGCAGUGGGGCAUUGCGCAUGAUAUGGAGGAAAUUGUUGCGCAGUGGAUUGUUUUGUGUCAUUGA